AUGUACCUGAUGCAUCUUGUUGGCGCGACAUUGUUCGCCGACAAGAGUGGGGGGCACUCAUUCUCCGCCCGUUGGAUAGGCAUGCUACAGGAUCUUGAGCGGGUGUCGGAGUUCGCGUGGGGCGCCAUGGCCCUUGCCACGUUGUACGACCAGCUUGGACAGUCUUCUCGCAGCGGGGUCAAACAGAUGGGCGACAGGCUCGUUCGCCGGUAUGCGAACCCGGCUUACACAGAGGACCAGCCCAGAGCUCGUAGGUGGACAGAGUCACGGUCGAGGCAUGCUAGGCUUGACGAGAGGCGAGUACUACUUAAUGAGUUGACGGCCGACGACGUCACUUGGACUCCAUAUGAGGCCCACAGGGAAUGGCGACAGCGGGAUGAGAGGGCUUUGUUCUCAGGCUACAUUCGGUGUCCCUAUCCCCCUGCUGUGCGACCUCAUCUUCCGGAGCGGGUCAUGCGACAGUUUGGGUAUAUACAGACGAUCCCGCGCCACCCUAGUGAGAUGGAUAGAUCUCCCGCAGCUGAGGUUGUUGAUGCGGCAUUCGCAGGUUAUGUGCAGUACUUGUUCCCUGAGGGCGACCCUGCUAUAGAGGAGGGACAGGUUGUGGGCGGUUACAUGGAUUGGUACGCUAGAGUGUCUCAUUGUUUCAUCAUACCGGAUGAGAGGAGGAUUGAUCUCAGUGCCGUGGCUGCUUUGCGUAGGGCUUUAGAAGUCCUUGAGUUGUCACUUGAGGUGGAUGAUGCUUUGCUGCCAGGCACACAGGCCCGCGCUUUAACGGAGAUAGCACUUCGCAUCCUCCAGGACUUGGCUGGGACACAGGGCAUUGCUUACGCUGCUGGGAGAGGAGGUCUGGGAGCAGGUGGCCGAGUAGGUGGCCGAGCCGGCGGCCGAGCAGGUGGCCGAGCAGGUGGCCGGGAGGGCGGCAGGGCAGCAGGUGGCCGGGAGGGCGGCAGGGCAGAAGCCAGGGGAGGUCGUAGGGGUAGGGGAGGUCGUCGGGGUAGGGGACAGUAGGGGACAUUAGUUGUAUGAGCAUUUUGUUGACAUUACUAUUAUGAUAUUAGGGGACUAUGUAUUUUGCACUACUAUUUCGGAUUAGUAUGAGUUUUAUCUUCACUUUAACGUAUAUUUUUUUUUAUUUUUCACUUUUACCCUAAACCCUAAUAAUUUGUGAGCUUUAUCUUCACUUUAACAUUUUUUUUUCUUUUUCACUUUUAUAAUCAACCCUAAUAAUUUUAAAAAUCAAUAACUUUUAUAACCAACCCUAAUAAUCAACCCUUGUAAUGGAAACCAAAACCUGGCACUCAACAACACAAACCCUUGUAAUGAAGUUUAAUCUUCAAGAUAUAAUCCGAAACUUCAACCUUCGGAUCAGUAUGAAACUUCAUCCUUCGGAUUAGUAUGAAACUUCAACUUCCGGACACCUCUGACAGAUUCUAUCACCUUUUUCAGCACCAUUACUCCAUAGCUUCACCUACCUCACCACCAUUAUGGCCUGCAUAAACUCCUCAACCACCAAACCACCCCCAUUACAUUUCACUUCUGAUCACCCUCACUCCCUCACUUCCUCUUUUCUUACUACCCCUCAACCCCCCACCACCAUCAUUGCACCACCAACAACAACCUUCAUGCACCACCAACAACAACCUUCAUCAACCAGCACCACCUUGGUAUGUAUCAUUGCAUCCAUUAUAAUUUGCCAAUAAUAUACAUUUGUUUAUAUUUUCUACCAUUUAAAUU